AUGUCCCUAGUACAGUAUUCUGAUUCAGAAUCCGACUCGGAAUCUAGAUCUUCUCUUCGCCCGGCCAAGAAACCUUGCCGCAACAUCAAUCAAGGUCCAUCGCUGCCGCCCCUACCUGCAUCAUUCCAUAGCCUCUAUGCCUCGAGCACACGUGUGAGUGUGCAAGAUGAUCCCAGCCUUCAUGGCGGCCGAAAACGCAUAAUCCCUCAUGUGGAAGGAAACUGGCCAACACAUCUUUACCUCGAAUGGUACCCGGGGAAAGACGAGCUAUCGCUCCUUGCAGAUGUCAUCUCUCAGGCUGGAUAUGUGGCAAAGGAAAAGGCACCCGUAGUGCACAGUCUUCUCCACAGCGAUCUCGGUGCUCAGCUACCCCUUCAUAUCAGCCUAUCUCGGCCGGUGAUUCUUCGCACCGAGCAACGUGCCUUGUUCACUGAGGCGCUAGAAAAGGCUAUUCAUGCCUCGCAUGUUCUAUCAUUUCAUGUCCAACCAGAUACUUUAUAUUGGUCAUCCAAUUAUGAAAAGACACGUUGGUUUCUCGUCUUGGGCGUGCGGAGACCGAGCUAUGAUGGUCUGAACCGCCUCCUGAAGCUGUCAAAUGAGACUCUCGCUCGCUUCGGGCAGCCGCCACUUUAUGCAACCUCUUCGACUCAAGGGCAACAGACCAGUGCAUCCCUCCGUGAUAGGAGCAGCAGUCAGGAGCGCGAGGAUUUCUCGGGGUGCUUCCAUAUCUCACUUGCUUGGCGUCUGUCAGAGCCUAGUCCGAAGGAAUGUGAACUGGUAGCCAAGAUAGAUUUGCAAACUUUGCGGGAGAUCCAGGUUGGAUUCGAUUGUGUUAAAGCAAAGAUUGGGAAUAUUGAUGACCUCCAAGCCUUCCAAUCUAAGCACUUCCCUGGCCAACAGCUGGCUGUGUUUCCCCAAGAAAAUGACCAGACCACAGACGACGAUCUCGGAUACUACCCAGACGGAGUGAAGCGUACGCUCACAGAUGAGCAGAUUCGGAUCUUCAGACACAGUGAAGUUCAUGCUCUUCUGCGAGCGAGGCAGCUCCAGAACGAUGAGGCGCAAUACCAAUCUCGGAUGCAGUCAUCUCUAGAUGAUGGAUCAAAGGGUAAACUAGAAACUGUACCUGAAAAGCGACCUCUAGACACAGAGUCUCAGAUCCAAGGCGGUGAUCAGAAGCGGCUGCAGUCACAGAAGGGGUCUAAGCAACAUACUCCAGAAGACAUGUCUUCUAAGCUGGACUACGGGGAUGACUCGGAUCAAACACAAAUGUCAAAGCCACCAAUGUCACAGACGCCAUACCAAGGUCGCAGGAUUAUCUCCUACAAUGACUGA